CGCCGUGCUCUGGUGGCAGCGGCUUCGCCCCGGCCGCCGUCCCUGCCGCAGCCUGAGGGGCGCUGAGGAGAACAGGAGGUUUUUGGAAGAGGCGCGGAGAGGAGCCCGUGCUGCCCGCCGGCCCCGCCCGCAGGCUCACGCCAUGCGGAGGGCGCUUCCCCGUGCCUGAGGAGAGGCGAAGGGGCGGCCGGGGACGGCGGCGUAGCGGUUGCUAAGUUUGAGCGACGAGAGGCAAACAUGGCCCAAGUGUCCGCUGAUCCGAGUAGUGCAGAAACUGCUGACCCAGAGGAGAGUUCUCCAAAUAUGAUAGUCUACAGAAAGAUUGAAGACAUUGUUACAAGAAUGCAGGAUGACAAAACAGGUGGAGUUCCCAUCCGCACUGUCAAGAGCUUUCUGUCCAAAAUCCCCAGCGUCGUCACCGGUUCUGAUAUUGUGCAGUGGCUUAUGAAGAACCUCAGCAUUGAGGAUACAGGGGAAGCAAUACACUUGGGAAGUCUCAUCGCUGCACAAGGUUAUGUCUUUCCAAUCUCAGACCAUGUCCUUACCCUGAAAGAUGAUGGAACAUUCUAUCGUUUUCAGGCACCAUACUUUUGGCCCUCAAAUUGCUGGGAACCAGAAAACACAGAUUACGCCAUCUAUCUUUGCAAACGGACCAUGCAGAACAAAGCUAGGCUGGAGCUGGCGGAUUAUGAAGCCGAAAACUUAGCAAGACUUCAGAGAGCAUUUGCAAGAAAGUGGGAAUUCAUCUUCAUGCAAGCAGAGGCCCAAGUGAAAAUUGACAGGAAAAAGGAUAAAACGGAAAGAAAGAUUUUGGACAGCCAGGAAAGAGCAUUCUGGGAUGUGCACAGGCCUGUGCCAGGUUGUGUGAACACCACAGAAAUGGACAUUAGAAAGUGUCGCCGUAUGAAAAAUCCACAGAAAGUGAAAAAGUCUGUGUAUGGGGUUACAGAGGAGUCUCAGCCUCAAAGCCCUGUACACAUGCCCUCCCAACCGGUACGCAAAACUACGAAGGAGGACUUCCGGAAGCAAAUCAUUUUUCUGAAUAUGCAGAUAGAGAGACAUUGUUUAAAGAUGUCCAAAGUAGCAGAAAGUUUAAUAGCCUACACAGAGCAGUAUGUGGAAUAUGACCCUUUUAUAACUCCUGCUGAGCCUUCCAAUCCCUGGAUAAGUGAUGAUGUAGCAUUGUGGGACAUUGAAAUGAGCAAAGAACCUAGUCAGCAGCGUGUGAAAAGAUGGGGUUUCUCCAUGGAUGAGGUGCUGAAAGAUCCAGUAGGACGAGACCAGUUCCUUCGCUUCCUGGAAUCAGAAUUCAGCUCAGAAAACCUGAGGUUUUGGUUGGCUGUCCAAGAUCUCAAGAAACAACCUCUACAGGAGGUAACCACCAGAGUGGAAGAAAUCUGGCAAGAGUUUCUAGCUCCUGGGGCCCAAAGUGCUAUCAACCUGGAUUCCCACAGCUAUGAGAAAACAAGCCAAAAUGUCAAAGACCCAGGGAGAUAUACAUAUGAAGAUGCACAGGAGCACAUUUACAAGCUGAUGAAGAGUGAUAGCUAUGCACGCUUCCUCCGUUCCAAUGCUUACCAGGACUUACUGCUGGCAAAGAAGAAGUCCUUGUUUGCUGUCAGAUCAAGCCCUGGAUGUGUCACCGUGACAUCCUCAUUUCCCCGCAAACUGCCGGAGGAGCAGGUUUUGGUGUCAUGUUAACGCAGCCAUGAAAGCAAGAAUCAAGUUCCUUUUAGAAAGAGCUGUGGGUGCACGAGUAAAUAUAUCAAAGCACAAAAAAGGCAAGAGUAGAUCUGUGCAGAUGUGCUGUUCACCAGCUUCACAUGAUGUGGGAGGGGAGUUGGUGUUCCUCUGGAGUCUGUAAAGCUCUAUGCAACCACAUUGCAUUAUAUUGGACAAGUGAAUGUUUUGGAAGGAGUGUAGGUACCGAAAUGCUGACAGAAAGAACAAGUUUAUGUGCACUGAGCUACACAGUCCUAUCUUGAGGACCUUUGGUGCAGCUUUGAGAGGCAUCCUUUUAAAAUUCCUCUAAAAAGCUGGAAAGCAGAGGGAAGGAAAAGAGAAACGCAGUGGCAUAUCAGAGCCAGUGGGGCUGGAGGAUUUGGUUUAGAACCUGCAAACAAAGUCCUGGAUUCACUGAUGUGAAUAGAAAUUCAUUCAAGUCUUGAUGAGUACAUCUCUCUGAGGCAUGUCUUUCCCCAAAGACAUUAUCCUCACAUUGCCUGUAUACCACACUGUAUGACAUAGCCUUACUUCCAUUACUGAAAAUACAUUCUGUCAGAAGCACAGCAUGAUGGACAUGGGAUAAAAGAGUUGUUUGCAUUAAGCAAAUAAAUUGUGGCUUCAGCUUCACAGGUGAAUAUUUUGUGGAUAAGUAAGUUUAUGUUAUUUGUGAUCUUUUGCCCUUUGGCACUGGGUUGUGGCAACUGAGAGGGCAGAAACAUUGACUGUGUGGCUAGAGCACAGGACUGGGAGCCAUAAAAAUCCAUGUGCUUUCCCUGAUUCCCCCACCUAAUUUCUUGUGUGAGCUUGGCGAAAAAAAGGUUCAACCUUUUGCCUCCCUCAUAUUCUCCUCUUUGUCAAAUGGCAAUAAUAAUAGUGCCCUGCUUAGCUGGAAGCCAAAGCUUGAUUAGUGAUUCCAAACAUGCUUGACAUUUUUGAUAUUUGUAAGAUACUGUAAGUUUGAAGAGUUAUUUUCUUCCACACCAUACAAUAACCACAGAUGUGGAGCUACCCCUCCCUGCUCUGGGAGUAUAGUAAUGGAGAGGAAGAAGGGAGAAGACAUUAUGGGUCAGGAUUGAGGUACAAUGACAGAAUUAUGAGGGGAACAUACUGUUCACACCACUAACGGAUGCAAGACAGCAGACAUAGGCUGUAUGCAGACCAGGCAUACAUACUUGGUUAAUCCAUUUAAGAUUUUUUCUUUCUUCAUUCUUCCUAGUGUCAUUAUUGCAAAUAACCGCAGUAUUAUUGGCCUCAGUCCUGCAGAUUCAUGGUGCUCAGCGGGGAAUAUGAGCUUGGCCUCCAGCAAGGGUGUGAUUGGAAGCAGUGAGCUGCAGAGAGGGAAAGCUGGGUGUAGCUUUCUGCCUCCAACAGAAGUCCUCUUCCCUGCCAGGCUGGAGAAGAGGAGGGAUGAGGGUGGAGCCCUGUCCUCAGGAGGAAUGGCCAUAUGCCCAGCCCAAUUUGAGUUCUGUGCAUUCGUGCCCAUCCCCCUCUCUGCAGCAGGUAGAAAUCAUGGGGCUGCUGAAAGCAUCUGGUUUAGCAGUGAAAGUCUGGAUGGUGCUGAGAACCGCGGCCAACUUAUUGCAUUUUAUUUGUGUAUCUACAAAACAUGCCCCACUUGUGCUGUGCAAAGUCAAGUGUCAAC